CCCUCGCGUCUGUAUAGUGAAGUGUGCGGGCAAAAAUAGUACUUUUACUUUCACUUGUUAUUGUUUUUCACUUGUUCCGACGGACAUGGAGUGCCUCAGUAAACAAGGAAAUCAAGUCGGCGGUCUCCCCUAUUCAGAAGAGGAUGGGGGGGAGAUGGGGUCGAUUAUAGCCGAGUGGUAUGCUGACCAGCACGUUUUCGUGACGGGGGCAACCGGUUUCAUGGGCAAAAUCCUUGUGGAGAAGAUACUGAGGUCCUGCCCGAAAAUUAACGCCCUGUACAUACUAGUUCGACCCAAGAAGGGCAAAGAACCGAAGCAGAGGCUGGAGGAGUUCCUGACCAGCCCUGUGUUCGACAGAAUAAGAAAACUACCCGCAGGUGCCGAGAUUUUCAAGAAACUACGCAGCGUGGGUGGCGACGCCACCCAGAAGAACUGCGGGUUGUCUCUAGAAGACCAGAGCCUCUUAAGAGACAACGUUUCGACCGUCUUCCACAUGGCGGCCAACGUACGUUUCGACCAGACACUGAAGAACGCCGUCCUCUUCAACGUGGGUGGUACCCUCAACGUGCUAGAGAUGGCGUGCGGUUUUCACAAAUUGAAAGCUUUCGUGCACGUCUCCACGACCUACUGCCAUUGCGAUGAAAUCGAAUUGAAGGAAAAACUGUACAAAGCCCCACAGGAACCCAGGAAUAUUUUACACCUCGCCAGGUGGAUGGACGACGAACUACUAGAAACUCUCACCCCCAAGCUCUUGAAGAACUCCCCCAACACAUACGCUUACACGAAGUGCCUAACGGAGCAACUGGUAUCGGAAUAUUCCGACAGAUUACCGAUAGCCAUCGCCAGGCCGUCCAUAGUGACGGCUUGCUACAAGGAACCGAUUCCCGGGUGGGUGGACAACCUCAAUGGGCCUACGGGUAUACUUAUAGGCGCAGGAAAGGGGGUUAUAAGGACGAUGUUGUGUAAUACCGAGUUAGAAGCUGAUAUAGUUCCUGUAGAUAUAGGAAUUAAUUCCUUGUUGAUAAUCGCUUGGAAGGUUGGGUCUCAGCCAAGGAGGGAGAUAGACGUGUAUAAUAUCAGCUCGAGUAAGGACCACUGCCUCAGCUGGGGUGAAGCCCUCGAACUGGGACGCAAGCACGUCUUCCAGUACCCCUUCAGCAUGUGCCUGUGGUACCCCGGGGGCAGCCCCAAGACCAAUUACUUAGCCCACAUCAUUGCCGUCUUCCUUUUCCAUUUGAUACCCGCCUACUUCGUAGAUUUUGUCCUUACUCUGACCAGGAACAAGCCGUUUUUGGUACGUACACAAAAACGUAUCCAGAACGGUUUGAAGGUGUUGCAGUACUACACGAUGAGACCCUGGGUGUUCCACAACAGCAAGCUGAAGGAGGUGUCCGAAGGGCUCGGCGAGGCGGACAGAAGGUUGUUUUAUGUCGACUGGGAGAAGUUCAAUCCCGACGAAUAUAUGUUGAACUACGUGUUGGGUGCUAGGAAGUACUGCGCACACGAGGAACUGGAUACGUUACCAAAAGCUAGACUGGCCCUUAAGAGACUGUACUACAUGGAUCUGCUGAAGAAUAUAUUACUGAUAGCUUUAUCUCUAUGGCUACUGUUCCAUUUUGCUGCGAAAUUCCUGGACAUAUUCGCACACCCUUUGGAAUUAUUUGAUGGAACUUACUUCCGAUCCCUCCCAAAGAUAGCCAAGAAUAUUUAGAGUACAACCCAUUAUUUAUUCCCUAUGUAAAAUAUAUUUUAUUAUUAUU